UUAGAACAAUUAAAGAUAUAAAAAUGGCAAACCAACAAAACAAGCUAAGAUUGUGCUGGUGCAAACGCUUCCAAUAUGAUGGAGACGAUGGAAACGGUGGAAACGGUGGCGGACUCCCCCAUGCUCGGGAAGUUGUGCUGGUGGUUGCAGCACUCAUCGCAGCAGUGACAUUCCAAGCUGGUGUGAAUCCUCCAGGCGGUGUUUGGCAAGACAGUGAUAAUGGACAUACUGCAGGAAGAGCCAUUUAUGGUUCCCACAAGAAGCCUUUCUAUGUGUUUUUGAUAUCAAACACUUUGGCUCUCUCUUCAGCAAUCUUGGUCAUCAUCUCUCUCACUUACAAAUUUCCUUUUUAUAUUGAGUUAUGCGUUGCCACUGUCUCUAUGAUCAUUACAUAUGGAUCUGCAAUAUUUGCGUAAAAUUGAUACUAAUCAAAAUUCAAGAGAUUGAGCAUCCAUUGAUGGAAGACGACAAGAAGGAUUGGAUCAAAUAUUUUGGGUUUCAGCAGCAGAGAGACUCAUCAAAUGAUACACGCAAUGCUUUUCUCUUAUAAAGAAAGACAGCAAUUCUCGAGUCCACAGUUUACAUAUAUACUUUAAAAAUUUGUGAGAGCUUAGAAUUAAGCACUACUGAUUAAUUACAAUUGUAAAGUUGCGUUUUGUUUGUAGUUUACAGACUGUUGGGAUAUUAUGAUCAAGUUCUGAACGAACCCCAAAUUUGGUGAGACUUGAUAUAAUUGAA